GAGAGGAGACCAAAAAGAGAGAGAAAGAAGCCUCCGUCGAUGUGCUGUACCGUUUUGAUUACCAAGAAAGGUAUCGCAGAACGAUAGAAGGAGAAGGUAAUGAUGAAGAAGUCGAUGAUGGGAGCGAAUUUGUUGAAUUCGAAGUGUUGUUUUUGAGAUGGGUUUCGGUGGAGGAGUAGUUUUCACCAACCGGAAGCUACCGUCGCCAUCACCAAGUUGUGGGUUGAGUCGCUGCUUUCGCUUGGGAUUCAAGUCUACUCUCUCUCCCUUAUCGCGCUCACAGAAGCGCCCCUCUCGAUGAUGAUUGUAUUCCUUCUUAAAACCUAUAUCGGAUCUCACUCGCAGAUCCAUUUUUAUCACCGACGCCUUUGCAAUCGUUAUUUUUAUCAAUUCCGUCGCUCACUCUUCCUCCCUAAUGGACCCUACUUCUCGCCCAGCCGUCGUCAUUGACAACGGCACCGGGUAUACUAAGAUGGGUUUUGCUGGUAACGUAGAGCCUUGUUUUACUCUUCCAACGGUAGUGGCAGUCAACGAGUCGUUUCUGAAUCAGUCGAGGAGUUCUUCUAAGUCCAAUUGGUUAGCGCAACACAGCGCGGGUGUCAUGGCAGAUCUGGAUUACUUUAUUGGAGACGAGGCAUUGGCGAAAUCGAGAUCUAGUAACAUUUACAAUCUUAGCUAUCCGAUGCGUCACGGUCAAGUGGAGAAUUGGGAUGCCAUGGAACGUUACUGGCAGCAGUGCAUUUUCAACUAUCUUCGUUGUGAUCCGGAAGACCAUUACUUUCUGUUGACAGAGAGCCCGCUUACUGCACCAGAGACUCGCGAGUAUAGGGGCGAGAUCAUGUUUGAGACGUUCAAUGUUCCUGGGCUUUAUAUUGCUGUCAAUUCAGUACUUGCUCUUGCCGCUGGGUAUACCACAUCCAAGUGUGAGAUGACAGGGGUUGUAGUUGAUGUUGGAGAUGGGGCUACUCAUGUGGUACCUGUAGCAGAUGGUUAUGUUAUUGGGAGCAGCAUUAAGUCAAUUCCUAUCGCUGGCAAAGAUGUUACUCAUUUUAUUCAACAGCUCAUGCGUGAAAGGGGAGAGAAGAUACCCCCAGAAGAUUCAUUUGAAGUAGCUCGGCAAGUGAAAGAAAUGCAUUGCUACACCUGCUCUGAUAUUGUCAAGGAAUUUAACAAGCAUGACAAAGAACCAGCCAAGUAUAUUAAGCAAUGGAGAGGUAUUAAACCAAAGACAGGUGCACCGUACUCAUGUGAUGUUGGUUAUGAAAGAUUUCUUGGCCCUGAGAUUUUCUUCAAUCCCGAGAUUUACAGCAGUGACUUUACAACUCCUUUGCCAGUUGUAAUAGACAAGUGUAUUCAGUCGGCUCCAAUUGACACAAGGAGGGCUCUGUACAAGAAUAUAGUGUUGUCUGGAGGAUCAACUAUGUUCAAGGACUUCCACAGAAGGUUGCAACGGGAUCUGAAGAAAAUUGUGGAUACUCGGGUUCUUGCGUCCGAUGCUCGACUUGAUGGGGAAAUCAAAGCUCAACCAGUGGAAGUUAAUGUUAUCAGCCAUCCUAUUCAGCGAUUUGCAGUCUGGUUCGGGGGUUCUGUACUUGCUUCAACGCCCGAAUUUUUCACGGCUUGUCAUACAAAAGAAGAGUACGAGGAAUAUGGAGCAAGCAUAUGCCGUACAAAUCCUGUUUUCAAGGGGAUGUAUUGACAGAUCGACUUUUACGUUGAUUGUAGGCAUUUCCAGAUGAAAAGGUUCCAUGGAAUUCAUUCUACCUCAGUUCACUUGAUCCGUCCAAUCUCUCUGCUUGUUGCAUGCAUACAGUUUGUUCGUGGGUUCAGAGAGGUGGUGUAAAAUACAGACAGUUACCCUUCACUACUGCAGUCGUAAGGAAUAACAGAAGGGAGGGGGUUCAUUGUAUUCAUUCUUUGAUUAGGUCGGUAGUUCCAGGUGUUCAUCAGCUUCGGUGGUAUUGCAGUCAAUGUCUUAGCUUUGGGCAAUUCUGGUUCUCCACUCUCGGAUAAGAUAGCAUUUCUAGUUCUUCAGCUUAGUUAGAAUACAUAAAGAAUGUGUAAGUCAUUUCUUUCCUUGUCAUUGAAUUCUUGACAAUGAUAAUAACUGUAUCAACUACUCUUUUUGGUGGUGGGAAUUUACAUUCAUUUAGAUAAAAAUUAAAGGGAAUGAAAUUUUUAGUUAGAGUUGGAAA